GGCAGUGCGCUGGAGGCGACACUAGGGGCGGAGUUUGACCUCUCAAGUCUCAAAACAUUACUAAUCCGCGUCGGGCACUCGGGCUCAGGCCAUCAGCUGCAGAGGCUGGUGGGAGAAAAGAAAAGAACCGGGACGAUUCUCCACCCAAACAUCGUUGUCCCCGCAGGAUCUGCGCGGUGCCAUCGUCGGGCUCGGGCUGUGUGCGCCCUGUGUGCGUGUUGCAGGGGCUGAAUGCUGCACCGUGGCACAUAGUGCGUUACAUGCGUCGGGACGUGUCUGCAGUCAUCUCCAGCCGGGUUUUACUCGCAGGUUUUGGGGGAGAGGUGCUGGGAUCUGCGCGUUGACAGCUGCUGCCGCGCUGAGCCCUCAGCUCGGGGUCUCCGCUCCUCCGAGAGACUGUGUCCGGUAGCUAUUCAAUGUCCAGCAGCACAUGGCUGAAGCUGCCCUGUGGCUGAUCCUGAUGAUGCUUUCGACCAACCGCUCCGGAGGUGCGUGGGGAUGAAAUGGAUGGAGCCCGUGGCCAGACCGACACACCAGCUCCCACCUCCCAGCAUGUCCGGCUGCAGCAAGUCUCCUUCCAACUCCGGGGAAGUUGCAGGCUCUAACUCCAUGGCAUGGGUGAAGAUGUUCAAAAAACCAGGAGGAGGCCUGAAGAAAUCCUACCAGCCUGGGAGCAUGCUGUCACUCGCACUCACCAAAGGCCUGCUGAACGAGCCCGGGCAGAAUAGCUGCUUCCUAAACAGCGCUGUUCAGGUGCUUUGGCAGCUGGAUAUUUUCAGGAGAAGUCUGAGGCAGCUCUCGGGUCACUUUUGUCUGGGUGAUGGCUGCAUUUUCUGUGCUCUUAAGAGUAUAUUCAGCCAGUUUCAACAGAGCAGAGAGCGCGUGCUUCCCUCCGACAGCCUGCGGAACGCUCUGGCUGAAACUUUUAAGGACGAGCAGCGCUUCCAGCUGGGACUGAUGGACGAUGCUGCUGAGUGCUUUGAAAACAUCCUGGAGCGAAUUCAUUUACACAUCGUUUCAGACACGGCGACUGAUGCUUGUUCAUCUAAAUCCUGCAUCACCCAUCAGAAGUUUGCAAUGAUGCUUUAUGAGCAGUUUGUGUGUCGCUGUUGUGGUGCAUCUUCAGAUCCACACCCGUUCACAGAAUUUGUACAUUAUGUCUCCACCACUUCUUUAUGCCAACAGGUUGAUCGAAUGUUUGGUAAAAACGAGCGGCUCAGGUCCGACAUGUUUGGAGAAUUGCUGCAGGCAGCAAACAACACAGGGGACCUCCGCAGCUGCCCGAGUGACUGUGGUCAGAGCAUCAAGAUCCGCCGUGUGCUCAUGAACUGUCCAGAGAUCGUGACCAUAGGAUUCGUGUGGGACGCCGAGCAGUCGGAUCUCACGGACGAUGUCAUCCGGUCGCUUGGCCCGCGUUUGAACCUGUGUGGGCUUUUCAACCGCGUCACUGAUGAAAAUGCCAAGCGGAGCGAGCUACAUCUGGUGGGGAUGAUCUGUUUUUCGAGUAAACAUUACUCAGCUUUUGCCUAUCACACCAAAUCUUCAAAAUGGAUGUUUUUUGAUGAUGCUACUGUAAAGGAGAUCGGAUCCAAAUGGAAAGACGUGGCCUCUAAAUGCAUCAGAGGACAUUUCCAGCCUCUUCUCUUGUUUUACACUAAUCCUGAGGGAAGUCCAGUGUCCAAUGAAGACGCACCGAGACAAACCACAAUGUGUCCCCGCUACAAAGGCCAAGUAAAUGGUGACGUGACAGUUUUGUCUGGAUACCAGGGGCCUUUAAAUCAUUCCUGGGAUAUUUUACACAUAAAGCAAAUCAAGGGAAGCUUGCUGCAUCAGAAAGGAGGUGAUGCGAAGUCAAGUACAGCGUCGUCACCUUCACACAACGGUAAACAUCAUGCCAAACCUCAGGGAAAGAACCAUGACCAAGUUUCACAUUCACAUCUGAAGAGCAGUCCGAGUUCAAGAAGGAAAUCAAAGUACACGUCCGGCACCUCCAGGAAAGUUGUGUGUUCAGAGCGGGACUCCGCUGGUUGUGAGAGCAGGUCGAGUGAUCAGCAGGAGCUGACAAACUGUAGAGAAAGUACAGCCCUGAGGCACAUCACCAAAACCAGCAGCUCAGAGUGGAACAGCUCCGAUGAUCUCGCUCUCUCGGAGUCCGAGGACAGAGAAAGUACUUAUCGCUCCAGCAACAGCGAGGCCGCUGCCUCCGAUCCCCAGUGUCCUCACAUAACGCUGCCAUACCAGCCUCCCUGCAAUGUGAACGCAGAGCCCCUGAACAAUCAGCGUCAGCUCAGCACCACGGGGUCGCCUCACCUCCGACCCUCCCAGCGGAUGUCUCCUCACCAGGUGGAAUCCAGCCACGCGGUGUUCCGCCCGAGGAUGCUCCAAGAACCCUUCCCGCAGAGUCCUCGUCUUUCCUCCACGUCCUACGUCAGUCCUCUCAGGAAGCCCGACAUGUCCGGCCUCCGAACCUUCUCAGAUGCAAGCUCCAAGUCGGGCUCUGACCCGGAGAGGAGCACUCCGUCGUCAUGUGACAGCGAGGAAAGACUCGGUGGAUGUAGAGCGGAGCAGGCAGCGCCGGCUCAAGAGGUUUCUCUGACAACAUACUUCACUGUGGAUAACUGUAUGACAGAAACAUACCGUCUCAAGUACCACAACCAGAGGCCUCUUGUCCUCUCAGCCACGGUGCCGCGGACAGUGGUCGCGACGGAACGCAGAGAUACCAGCCACACACUCCCCACCGACACACACUCACAAGAUGUGCCAAAAACCAGACCUGAAACAAGCCAUAAUAGCAAUAAACCCACUGCAAAAUGGAACCCGGUGACGGCCAAAGGACUGGACGAUCGUGGUUUUUUAUGAGUGUUAACUCGGUAAGUUUUGUUUACAAAGAUGGACUGUGGUCAGUUGAGAAUUAACUGGAUGCCAAAGAGCUUAGAGAAUGGAAAGAUGUUCUGAAGUGUGACAUCUCCAAACUGAGUGGAAUUUAUUUAUGCAAGCUUGUCACUGAAGACAGAUUUCUAAAUACUGUUUGAUGGAUUAUUAACUAUCACAUUUAUUGUCUUCCAUUAUCCUGCAGCAUUGCUGCACGAAGAUUUUGUUUUUUACCAAAAUCUAGACUGUUUCCAGUUUGCACAAGUCUUUAGGUCACUUUAUCUCAAGUUUAAAAUGUUUAUUUCUUUAUUUGUACAGCAGUUCUGCAAAAGUGCUGCAGAACUGCAUGUACUGAUACAGUGUAUGUGAAGUCAGGCAUGGAAGAUGAUGGUGAGCUACCGUUAGAUUGAUUGUACUGUGGUGUGAGGUGUGAUAACGUAUCACAGCACGAUGACAUGAAAUGGUUUGUUGAAUUUACAUGAUCAGAAUAUGAUGUCAUUCUACACAACAAAAUAAAACCUACAGGUCGAGUUGUGAAUCUUCAGCUGUGCAUUGGAAAUAUAGACAGUUUAAAAAGAUGGAGGACACGUCUCCCCUUCCACUAUCCAGAUAUGAAGCUAAAAUAUCCUGGAUACGAAUUGCAACAUCUUCCUCAUCUUCACAGUAGUGAUGGGGAAGGGACUGCAGCGUCGAGAUCUCGUCGAUUCAUGCAUUUGACCAAUCCUGAGUCAGUCUCAGCUGUCAAUCAUUUCAUUUCACCCCCAUUGUGUAGCUUCAAAUUACUAUUUAAAAAACAUUUGAACAAACAUCAGUGUGAUAACAACAACUACCUAAAAUUAUGAAAAAAAUUAUUUGAGUUUAACUCAAAUAACAUUUUUCUGUCUGAUCCCGUCUGAGCCCGAGAGAAAUCUAACCGAGCUCAACUUUGACCCAGACUUUGAGUCUGUCCUGAUGCAGCUGAUAUGUGCUGCACUAAAGCUCCCUCCCCCUCACACAUGGUUAUUACUGUUUUACUCAAUGAUAAAGAAGUGCAGUGUGUAAAAAAUCAGUCUUGACGUGCUCGGGUCGCACUUCCACACUCUACUUUGGUCCAUGUCCCAUCCACUAACAUGGAGGAGGGAGGUUUUAUGACCGAGACGUCAUGUCGUCCAUCUUUACAGUCGAUGGCUGGACGUAAUCUCACUAAAGGAAGCUGAAUUAACAAAACUGAGACUCAAUGACUUUAUGAACAUUGAGGGCUUUGGGUCACCAGGGAACAGACCUUGCAACACUAGUUGUAUUCAGUUAGUGAUUUGUUUCAUCUGUUAUCAGUUAUCAGCUCUUUCACAACAUUGACGUGUCAAUGAAUGACUGACGGGCGAACCCCUAACAGUCCUCGGCUGUAAAAAAAAAAUCUGUGGAGAAAGAUUCUGUUUAAUUCUUUUCUUCAAGUGAUUUGUUCAUUUCUUUGGGAAACAAAAAUCAUCAGUUGAUUUGAUCCAAUCGCUCAUAAAUAUGUAGAGAACUUUCAGAGACAGCCCUCAGGUUAUUCGUCACUAAAUACCAUCAUGUAAACUUGUGUAGUCGAACCUCGGUCCUUCUAAUCCUUUCUUUUAAAACUCACAGUGAUGUCAAAUUGUAUUUUCUCAGUCUUCCUGUUCAAGUAGAAAGAUUUAAACAGGUCUGUAAUUGCAGGUAUUUUCAUAAAGAUGCCAAUAUAGGUAAUUUGCCUAUCCGAUAUUAUUAUUAUUAUAAUUAUUAUUGAGCGUACAACAAAUAUUCUUGUCAAUAGGAUUAAUGUUCAGAAACCUGCAUGUGGCCUUUACAGAAGUCUUAAUAGCUGCGUGUACAGCUUGAGCAUGAGCAUGAAAAUACUGGACUGAGUCCAACGAACAGAAAUUCUAUUUGAUUUUACUUAAUUGUAAUAAAGUAAAUUCAUUAAAUGUCAUUUUGUAACUGCAGUUGAUUUGGAAACAUUUCAAUGCUUGAAUAGUCAGUUGUUUAUGCAUCCAUUGUAAAUACAAACAACACGACUGUCCGAGACAAACUAUGCAUCCACUGACGGUUACUUUGAGAUUAUUUUAACGGCACAUUUCAGUGUUUUUUUAAGCUUUGUAUUGUGUCCAUCAGACAUUCCUGAGAACACGCAUAAAGAAAAUCAGUGUUUUCAAUUUUCAGAUAUUUUCUCACUUUCUUCCGUGCUUCACUAAAGUCUUUUCCUGCCAUUUAUACACACGUGUUUUGUUUCAUUUAUUUUAUUUGCUUUGUUGUCUCUCAAUAAUAUUUCUCAGCUUCACAUACUGAGUCACUAUAUUUCAUGUUUAUGUCCAACAUUGGGGAUAAUAAUCAAACCUAAACUAAAUGUGAGCAUCUUGCGUUUUUCAUUUUAUAUUUAUUGAUAUUUAAAUCUAAGAAAAAAAAGGCAUAAAAUGUAAGUCAGCAAUUUGAAAAAUGUUUUUGAUUAAUUUGAAUUCAACUAUAUGCAGUGACACAUGCCUUUAAAUGAUUUGAUUGUGCUGUAGUGAUUAUAAUUCUAUUUUAUUUUUACUGUUCACUUUAAGAUAUCUUAUCUGUUCUCGAGAUAAUGACAUAAAAAUUGUUAAAUUACUGGACAAGCUGAAGCUGAGUUGAAUAUAUUAACCAGGUUUUCUCAAUGUUGUCUCACCUGCAAAGUGUUUUCCGUUGGUUUGUUAUGUGUCAUUUAUUUACAGUAUUUUUCUUGUUAUCUAAUUUUAUUUUCUGUAAAGAAAAAAAGAGAUUUUCUUUUGUUGUAUUCACUCAAGUUUUAUUUCACACUCUGAACUUUGUGUCUUCAGUUGUAUCAAGAGUGCCUUGACAUUUUUUGUGUGUGCUUGCAUACGUGUGUGAGUGAAACCACACUUACAGAACGAAGGAGAUGAUUGAAAGUGAUGCAGGAUGUCAUGUGAAAACUUUUGAAUAUGCAAUGCCAUUAGUGACAUAUCUGGUGACACUUCUCUGUGUGCACCGUCGCUCUGUGUGAGGGAGUGUUUGAAGGGUGGUUUUGUGCCAGGUCUAACUCUCCUAUAGACCCUUUCAGACUUGGAGGCAGCAAACUCAGCCGUUUGCUCCUCAUGCAGCAGCAGUUGGCAAGUUUGAAUGUGUUCGUAUGUCGACAGCAGAGAGAAGCGUGUGCAUCCCAGCUCAUUCUUGCUGCUUUUAAGUCUGAAGGAGCCUUAUCAUACAAAAAGAUGUUUUUUCCAGUGUUUGAUUUGGAUUAUUUUAUGUACAGGGUGUGUGCGCUAGGACAUUAUUACGUUGAUUAUUGGUUUUUCUUCUUGCACCCACAAUCUACAGCUAAAGGCUUUAUUUACAGUAUUCUAUAUAGGCUCAUUUUUCAACAGGUCUUUUCAACCUGUGUCACCCUACAUCACAGUUGGUAUUGCAUCAAAACCACAUCUUUUAUCUUGCGCUAAAUAUACGGGGUAAGAGUCUAAUUCCACUGUACAACACUCAUAAACACCUGUUGUACCCGUGUGUGUGGUUAGAGUCCGGCCUGACGUCGUCGGUGCUUCAGUGAAUGACUUGACUACUCGCGGGAAGUUUAGACCAAUUUAAAAGACACGUGUAAAAUCUGUCUACACUUUAUAUUUUUGUAGAUAAUAUAUAUUUAUUUUUAUUCAUUGUUGAAUAAAGUUUA